UUUUUAAUUUUUUCAAAAGAAAAAUCCACAUGGCUUUGAAAACUUCAAACUUGUUCAGGAGCCAUCUUUUUUACGGGUUUUUGUUGAAUUGGAGGAGAGGAAAAAGCAGAGUAAUGGCUAAGCCAGUGAGGUUUAAAGGGGUAGAUGAAGAGUUACAGAAGAUUUUGGAUACUAACAUGGAUGAAGCACCUGCUAGAAGGAGAGCUAGGGAAGCCUUUAAGGAUAUUCAGCUUGGAAUUAAUCAUAUUUUAUUCAAGACACCUCCAGAUGGACUGAAGAUGAAGGAGUCAUAUGAGGUGAAUUCUAGGGGAUUGGAAAUUUUCUCAAAAAGUUGGCUUCCAGAGAACUCUCACCCCAAGGCAAUGGUGUUUUUUUGUCAUGGUUAUGGAGACACUUGCACUUUUUUUUUUGAAGGAAUUGCUAGGAAAUUGGCAUCGUGUGGAUAUGGAGUUUUUGCAAUGGAUUACCCAGGAUUUGGUCUGUCAGAAGGCCUUCAUUGCUAUAUUCCGAGCUUUGACAGGCUUGUGGAUGAUGUGAUUGAGCAAUACUCCAAAGUCAAAGAGAAUCCUGAUUUUAGGGCUCUUCCAAACUUCCUCUUUGGGCAGUCAAUGGGUGGAGCCGUAGCUCUGAAGAUGCACCUAAAACAACCUAACGCCUGGAGUGGUGCAUGUGUUGUUGCUCCUAUGUGCAAAAUUGCUGAUGAAAUGGUUCCACCCUGGAUAGUAAAGCAAAUUCUGAUUGGUGUGGCUAAUAUUCUUCCAAAGCAGAAGUUAGUCCCACAAAAGGAUUUGGCAGAGGCAGCAUUCAGAGACAAUCAGAAGAGAGAAUUGACACCUUAUAAUGUUAUUGCUUACAAGGACAAGCCACGCUUGCGGACUGCUCUAGAGAUGCUGAGAACCACUGACGAGAUAGAACAAAAUUUGGAGAAGGGUUUUUGGAUCCUACAGUUAUCGAUGACUAAUACCAGUGGCAUUCCAGGAGAGCCGUCAUAUAAUAUCAUACCAGUUAUGAUUUGGAGUUUGAAACUUAUGAUUGAUGACUAUAAUUGCCAUGAUUUCAGGUUUCACUUCCGAUAUUAAUCUUGCAUGGGGAGAAUGAUGUGGUAACGGACCCAUCUGUUAGCAAAGCCUUGUACGAGAAAGCAAGCAGCUGGGACAAGAGGAUUAUUAUUUAUAAGGAUGCCAGUCAUGCUCUUCUUGAAGGUG